AUGAAUUUUACUGGGGUUAAUGAAACUGAUGAUUGUCCCCCUUAUACCUGUCCAGAGAGAUCUGUUUCUACUGCAGUGUAUGUGUUUCUGUAUGUGUGUGCAGCUGCUGCUGUUCUGCUAACAGUGUGUGGAAAUCUGCUCAUCAUCAUCUCUGUUUGUCACUUCAAGCAGCUCCACACACCGACUAACAUGCUCAUCCUCUCUCUGGCUGUGUCAGACUUUCUGGUUGGAGCUCUUGUGAUGCCAGCAGCAUUAAUAUGGAUGAUCGAAUCAUGUUGGAUUUUCAGUUUGGUUUUCUGCUUAUGCUACAUAUCGAUCUCCAUGUUUCUCACAACCACAUCAAUAUACAAUGUGGCUCUAAUCGCAGUUGAUCGGUAUUUUGCUCUCUCUAAUCCAUUCCUCUACACUGAAACAGUCUCUGUGAAAACAAUGUACAUUGUAGUUUUAUCCAACUGGUUUGUAUUGCUGUUUUAUAAUAUAGCUCUUCAGUACUUCUGUGGAUUCUUCUCAGGUCUGUGUCCUGGGCAGGGCUUCAUGGCCUUGGAUGAGGUCUGGUCUCUGGUUGAUCUUCUGUUGACAUUUGUUUUCCCAUGUGCUGUUAUAAUUAUACUGUAUACUCUAGUUUUUAUUAUAGCCAAGAGACACGCCACAGCCAUCAGAGAUCUUAAAAUUCAUACUCAGACUGAGACCUUAAAGAACACAACAGACUCUAUGAAGUCAGAGAGAAAGGCAGCUAAAGUACUUGGCAUUCUGGUGUCUGUGUUUUUAGCUUGUUUAUUUCCAUACUUUAUUUAUACUGUGUUAGGUAAUGCAGUAGAAACUGAUGCAGGAGUAUUUCAAAACGUUUUGUUGUUGGUUUAUUUUAAUUCCACCAUUAAUCCAGUUAUUUAUGCUUUGUUUUAUCCGUGGUUUAGGAGGUGUGUUAAACUCACUUUAACUCUACAGAUAUUCAACCCAGAUUCUUCACUGAUGAAUGUUCUUUAA